CAAAACGCUGAGGUUUAUGUCUGAGAUACGAGUGUGAGAGAGAAAUUUGAGGUUUUAGAGAGAGAGACAGAAAAAAGUUGUCGCGAGAGAGAGAGAGAGAGAGAGAGAGAGUAGAGUCCGCCAUGGCAGCUCGCAAGAGAGCUUCAGCAAACACUUCAAGUGAACCACAGCCGAAAGAGAACGCACGGCCCAAAUCACAAGAACAAGCUUCGACUGAUUCACCAAUCGCACCACCGAAAUUGGGUGUAAUCCUCAAGCUCACACUCUUCUUCUCACUCCCUUAUUUCUAUUUGCUGUUCCGCCAUUACGAGAUCGAGCAAGAGAUUAGGAGAUCGAUUCUGAUUAAUGCCGGACUUAGUCUUGCUGGGUUCUUCAUCACUGUCAAGAUGAUCCCUGUGGCUUCCAGAUACGUUCUGAGGCGCAACCUCUUUGGCUAUGAUAUCAAUAAGAAGGGAACUCCUCAAGGCACCAUUAAAGUGCCAGAGUCAUUGGGUAUUGUGGUUGGAAUUGUCUUCUUGGUUGUGGCAAUCUUAUUUCAGUAUUUCAAUUUUACUGCAGAUUCUAAUUGGCUUGUUGAGUACAAUGCAGCACUAGCAUCCAUUUGUUUCAUGUUAUUGCUUGGCUUUGUUGAUGAUGUCCUCGAUGUACCUUGGAGAGUGAAACUACUAUUGCCAUCAUUUGCGGCUCUUCCUCUGCUGAUGGCCUAUGCUGGACAUACGACUAUCAUUAUACCAAAGCCUCUUGUUCCAUAUGUUGGUCUAGAUAUUCUGGAUUUAGGAUGGAUAUACAAACUAUACAUGGGGCUUUUGGCAGUCUUUUGCACAAACUCAAUCAAUAUUCACGCUGGUUUAAAUGGUCUUGAAGUUGGACAGACAAUUGUCAUCUCAUCUGCUAUUUUGAUACACAAUAUCAUGCAAAUUGGAGCAUCUUCAGAUUCUGAACACAAGCAAGCACAUGCAUUCUCCAUUUAUCUAGUUCAGCCCCUACUAGCCACCUCCUUGGCUUUAUUCUCCUACAACUGGUAUCCUUCUUCAGUUUUUGUGGGAGAUACAUACACAUACUUUGCUGGGAUGACCAUGGCUGUAAUCGGCAUUUUAGGCCAUUUUAGUGAAACACUCCUGAUUUUCUUUGCACCUCAAGUUUUGAACUUCCUCUUAUCACUCCCUCAGCUUGCUGGAAUUGUCCCAUGUCCACGACAUCGUCUGCCUCGGUUUGAUCCUCAAACUGGGCUGCUGACUGGGACAAAUGAUGGAACACUUGUUAACUUUUUCCUGAGACAAUUGGGCAGGCUGUCGGAGAAGUCGCUUUGCAUCUAUCUUCUUGUUUUCCAGGCUAUUGCAUGCUUCUUUUGUUUUGUGUUGAGAUACUUCCUUGCUGGUUGGUACAAAUGAGGCAACAAGAAGCGUUUUUUUCUUUUGUUGACAAUCAAACAAAACCAUUCUUAGGGAACAUUUUUGUUUACUGGCCGAGUGUUGUAAUGUAUGACUGCCUGCUGUAUAAAGUGCAGUUUAGUGCCUGGCUGGGAUAACCCUACAUAUAUCAUGUGAACAGCAAAUGACUUCUUGACAUUCUUGGGGACAAAUACUCUCUUAUAUUUUUGUGGGUUUUUUGUUUUUGUCUUUUUUAGAAAAAGGAAUGUGAGACAAAUUUUGCACUGUA